CCGGAGCCGCGGCCGGAGCGGAGCCCGAGAUCGCGGCGGCGGUGGCGGCGGCACCAUGACCCUGGGCAGCUGCUGCUGCGAGAUCAUGUCCUCCGAGAGCUCCCCGGCCGCACUGUCUGAGGCCGACGCAGACAUAGACGUGGUGGGCGGCGGCAGCGGUGGGGGGGAGCUCCCAGCCCGCUCCGGGCCCCGCGCCCCCCGGGACGUGCUCCCUCACGGCCACGAGCCUCCUCCGGAGGAAGCCGAGGCAGACGUAGCAGAAGACGAGGAGGAGUCGGGUGGCAGCUCUGACGGCGAGCCUCGCGCUCUAGCGCCCCGGGGGGCGGCGGCCUCAGCGGGAAGCCCAGGGCCAGGCGCGGCCGCGGCCCGGGGCGCGGCGGGGCCGGGGCCCGGACCACCGUCGGGGGGCGCGGCGACGCGGAGCCCUUUGGUAAAGCCACCCUAUUCAUACAUCGCGCUCAUCACCAUGGCCAUCCUGCAGAGCCCCAAGAAGCGCCUGACGCUGAGCGAGAUCUGCGAGUUCAUCAGCGGCCGCUUCCCCUACUACCGGGAGAAGUUCCCCGCCUGGCAGAACAGCAUCCGCCACAACCUCUCGCUCAACGACUGCUUCGUCAAGAUCCCCCGCGAACCGGGCAACCCGGGCAAGGGCAACUAUUGGACGCUUGACCCGGAGUCGGCCGACAUGUUCGACAACGGCAGCUUCCUGCGGCGCCGCAAGCGCUUCAAGCGGCAGCCGUUACCGCCACCACAUCCACACCCGCACCCUCACCCAGAGCUGCUGUUGCGUGGCGGGGCUGCAGCGGCCGGGGAUCCCGGCGCCUUCCUGCCCGGCUUCGCCGCUUACGGCGCCUACGGCUAUGGCUACGGGCUGGCACUCCCGGCCUAUGGCGCACCCCCACCGGGGCCGGCCCCGCACCCGCAUCCACACCCGCACGCCUUCGCUUUCGCUGCCGCUGCCGCAGCAGCGCCUUGCCAGCUGUCGGUUCCCCCAGGCCGCGCCGCUGCGCCUCCACCCGGACCUCCGACGGCCUCGGUGUUCGCUGGCGCAGCCUCGGCUCCGGCCCCUGCGCCUGCCCCAGGGUCGGGCCCGGGCCCCUCCGGCCUGCCCGCCUUCCUAGGCGCGGAGUUGAGCUGCGCCAAAGCUUUCUACCCCGCGUCCCUGAGCCCUCCCGCAGCUGGCACAGCGGCCGGUCUGUCCACCGCACUCCUGCGCCAGGGCCUUAAGACUGACGCGGGAGGUGGUGCGGGCGGCGGGGGCGCAGGCGCUGGGCAGAGGCCUUCCUUCUCUAUAGACCACAUCAUGGGCCAUGGUGGUGGCGGGGGAGCACCCCCAGGCAGCGGCGAGGGGUCCCCGGGAUCGCCGUUCACGGCAGCUGCGGGACCUGGGAGUCAAGCCCAAGUCUUGGCCAUGCUGACUGCCCCGGCCCUGGCUCCGGUGGCCGGUCACAUCCGCCUCUCGCACCCUGGGGACGCGCUCCUGUCUACAGGGCCGCCGUUUGCCGGCAAAGUCGCCGGCCUCAGUGGCUGCCACUUCUGACCACAGCGGGCUCAGGGUCAGUUAGGCCCGCACUCAGCUUCUCCCGGGAGCUCCUGCAGUCCCAGCGGAACUCAGGGAGUCUAUUUAUGAAGAGUCUCCAACCUGGGCCGGCGCGCGUGACUUGGCACUUCAGGUUCCACGCUCAGAAUCUCGCCGAGAGUUGGGACGAAGCGGGCUCCAUCGCUCAGGGCGAGGCCUGGGUUUAAGCUAAGUGGUCCCAAGCCAAGAUCCCAUUCCUGUUUGAGCAGCAAACGAGGGAGUGGGGAACCUUCGGUUUUUCCCUGCCUGAGUCCGCUCCGCAACCCCGGAAGAAUGCCUUCCCGGAGACGUGCCUGCCCAGGCCCUGCGGAUCCCACCAGAAACACCAAGGGCGCUGAGAGGUCUCCCUUUCUUCCUUCCUCAACUUUGCGACCCUGCUUGUCCAAUAUUAUAAUUUAACAACAUCUAUUAUCCGCUUGUGCUUAAAAGAAAAAUUCAAAGUUUUUUUUUUUUCCUGUUCUCCAAGGAAGUUCGUUCCCUCUGAAGCCUAGCUCAGUAUCUACACAGGCGAAGCUGAACCGAGAGGUGAAGCAGCGGAUCUCCACAAUCUUUGCAGAAACCCCAGAUCCCACUCCAUGAGGAAAAUCCUUUCUCUUUCAUGUUUGGGUGCUUUUCAAGGAACUUCUUCCCUUUCCCCUAGCCGGCUGGGGCCAGCCAUCCAGGGCCAGCAACCCUCUCAGUCUCCAGCUCAGCCCCAGGCCCUGGGGUAUUUAUUGUAGUUAAAGGCAAUGAGGUC